AUGAUGGCGUUGAAGUAUUCCAGACGGGUUGAGCAUCGCACGACCGUGUACCGCUUUUCUAUAGGAAGGCUCAUGUACUCGAUGUUCUCACUUGCCACCGACAGACGCAUCAUGGGUAUCAGGCACUUGCGCAUAUCGUCGAAAAAUGUGAUCUUGAUCCCCUUGACGUUGAAACUGACCGAAAUGAACCGCCCCGGCGUGCCGACACCGUCUACGUUCGAAUCACUUUCAUCCUUGGGCGGUGCGGCUGAAGGCCCAUCCGUCAAGACGGCAGCCACAGCUGCCAAGAUGACACUCAAAUCCUUCGUGUACAGCGUGAGGUUGGACGGCGGAAUCGUGAAGUUGAAGAACAUCUUGUAG